ACAGCAUAAAGCCUGAUCAGAGCACCGAUCUGCUCUGUUACAGCGACUGUCUGCACUUGGACAAUGAAGCGAACUCUCCUAUUGUGGAUCCUCAUGCUAAAUGCCUCGCUCAAGCCCUCAGAAAGUCAUGGAAAUGAGUUUGAGGAGGUGAAGGACUAUGAAGUGGUUCGACCCGUCAGGCUUCACACAGUCAGAAAAAGACAUGCAGAGAACCUCAGACCGGAGACCGUUAAGUAUGCAAUGACAGUGGGAGGAAAACACAUUGAAAUACAACUAGAAAAAAAUGAUGAAUUACUCACCCAAGACUACACGGAGACUUACUACCAAGAAGACGGGACAGAAGUCACCACAAAACCGAAUGACAUUGAUCACUGCUACUAUCAUGGGAGGAUUGUGAAUGACAGCCAGUCGUCUGUUAGCAUCAGCACUUGUGAUGGACUCAGGGGUUACUUCAGAACAUCUGCCCAGAGGUACCUGAUUGAGCCGCUGUCUGGUGGCGAUGAGGGGGAUCAUGCAGUGACCACAUUAGAUGAGAAGACCUUCACACCUGCAGUGUGUGGUGUAACCAACACCAGCUGGAGUGACGACUUUGAGCCCCCAACAAGUCGCAGCCGCUCCAGAUCAGGGGGUAUAACUAUUGUCCAACAGCAGAAGUACAUCGAGCUCUUCCUUGUUGCUGAUAACCGUGAGUUUGAGAAGAUGAAUCGAGAUCAGACAAAGCUGAGAAAGAGGAUAUUUGAAAUUGUCAACUUUGUCAACAUGGCCUAUAAGCCUCUGAGGACUUUCAUUGCUCUGGUGGGGAUAGAGAUUUGGUCCAGCGGUGACUUGAUCAGUGUGACCCCCCCAGCUGGGGCCAACCUGGAUGCUUUCAUGAACUGGAGGAACUCUGAGCUGGUCAAUAGGAAAAAGCAUGACAACGCACAUCUCAUCAGUGGUAUUGACUUUGAAGGAGCAACUGUGGGGCUGGCUUUCAUUGGGACUCUGUGCUCUGGUCACUCUGUUGGAGUAGUACAGGACCACAAUGACCGGGCCAUUGCAGUGGGAGCUACACUGGCUCAUGAGAUGGGCCACAACCUGGGCAUGGACCAUGACGACUCCAGUGCCUGUGCUUGUUCUGGGGAUAGCUGCAUCAUGGCUGCUGCCCUCAGCUGGAACGUUCCCCGGACUUUCAGUAGCUGCAGCAGCAGUAACUAUGAAAAAUACCUGACAAGCCGCAGCCCCAGCUGUCUGCUGGACAUACCAGACUACGCGAGUUUGGUGUCUCCUUCAGUCUGCGGCAACGGGUUUCUGGAGAAAGGAGAGCAGUGUGACUGUGGCACUGUGGAGGAGUGCACCAACCCUUGUUGCAAUGCCACCACCUGCACCCUGAAGGAAGGCUCCCAGUGUGCUGAAGGCGAGUGCUGUGAGAACUGUAAGAUCGCGCCUCGCUCCAGGGAGUGCCGCAGGAAGCAGGAUGAGUGUGACCUGGCAGAGUACUGUGAUGGGACGAGGCCCACCUGUCCCGAGGAUGUGUUUGCUGUGAAUGGCCUCCCAUGUGACGGAGGCCUGGGAUACUGCUACAAUGGCCAGUGUCCACAGAGGUCGAACCAGUGUGUCAAGAUGUAUGGAUCAGGUGCUAUAGUGGCCCGUGACUCCUGCUAUGAUCAGAACACCAGAGGACUAUACUAUGGCUUCUGCACACGUCCCUCAAACGACCAGUACAUCCCCUGCCAGCGAGAAGACAGGUUUUGUGGAAAGCUCUUCUGCCACAAUGGUAAUGAAAACCCAAACUACGGCCGCAUGGUGAGGAUCGGUGACUGCAAGGCAGCUUUCUUUGGAGACUACACUAAAGACUACGGCCAGGUGGACACUGGGACUAAAUGUGACAAUGGAAAGGUGUGCGUCCAGAAUCAGUGCAUGGAUCUUCAGGUGGCUUACAGAAACACAAACUGCUCUGCAAAAUGCCCAGGCCAUGCUGUGUGCAAUCACAAAAGUGAGUGUCAGUGUGAGCCUGGCUGGAUGCCUCCUCACUGCAGUUCGCAGGAUGAAGCUUUCAAUUCUCUUUCUACUGGAGCAGCUGUUGCCAUCGCUGUGGCAGUCAUACUGGUGGUUCUAGGUAUCAUUGCUGGUGUGUUUGGGUUCGUCUGGAAAAAACGACAAAGUCCCGUGUUGCCAACUGCACACGUACAGAGGAAGCAGCCAGCAGUGGACAGGUCCCCUCACUACAUAAACAGAGCACCAGUUCCUAGUCAACCCGUACCAGUGCCACAGAUUGUAAGGCCAAAGCCCAGAGGAGCUCCACCUCCACCACCUCCAGCAGGGAACAGACCUAAACCUGGGAAAGAGAACUACUCAGCUGCACGUCAGGCUCUGAAGCCAGUUCCUCCACCAAAGGUCUGAUGAGACAGUGUAAUCUAUGAGUGAACCUGGGGAGACUCACAUUUGUGCGUUGUUCCCAACAAGAGGCAACUGGAAAUCCGAAGAAAUGGACAGAUUUUAAUUAAAGGCUUCCUGUCAUGA